AUGCCUCACCCCGGUCAGAGCCCCGGAAGCUCCCGGUUGCUGCAGCUUGGGGUUGCCGGCUCUGCCUCGCGCCUUAGAUCUUCUUCCUCCAAAAAACCGCCCGAGCCGCUGCGCCGAGCCGUGGCGGAUUGCCUCUCAUCGUCCCCUCCUCCAGCUAACUCGCACCAUGGUGCGAUCCCUUCCAUGGCCCCGUCUGAAGCUCUUAGGAAUCUCCGGGAUUAUUUAUCAGUCUCUGCCACGACUGACCUGGCCUACAACAUGUUGUUAGAGCAUACUGUAGCAGAGAGAGAUCGCAGUCCAGCCGUGGUGACGAGGUGUGUGGCAUUACUGAAACGGUAUCUCCUAAGAUAUAAGCCUGGGGAGGAGACACUACUGCAGGUCGAUAGAUUUUGCGUAAACCUAAUUGCCGAGUGCGAUGCUAGCUUGAAGCAAAAAUCAUUGCCUGUUUUAUCAGCACCAACUGGUGCUUCUCCUUUACCAGUGUCCAGUUUUGCUUCUACAGCUUUGGUGAAGUCAUUGCAUUAUGUGCGUUCCCUUGUGGCUUUACAUAUCCCGAAGCGAUCCUUCCAACCUGCAGCAUUUGCGGGAGCUACUCUUGCGUCAAGACAGUUAUUGCCAUCUCUAUCCUCUUUGUUGAGCAAAUCAUUCAAUUCUCAACUAAGUCCUGCAAAUGCCGCAGAGUCUCCACAGAAAAAGGAUGCUGCAAAUCUGUCUACUUCGAACUUGUCUAAUAUACAAGAAUUUAAUUCAAUGGAAGACAUUGAAUACAUAUCACCAGACUUACUGAAUUGGCGUUGGGUUGGGGAGCUCCAGUUAUCAUCAGCUUCUUCUGAAAGCGAACGACCUGUGAAUCUCCAAGACAUGAACAAUUGUAAUCUUCUGGAAGUUGGUGCUGCCGGCCUACUCGUAGGAGAUAUGGAAGCUAAAAUGAAGGGCCAACACUGGAAAUAUUUUGGUACCACAGAGAUGCCUUACUUAGAACAAUUGUUGCAGCCAGCUUCAGUCACGAUGAUAACAAACUCAGCCUCAGCUCGCUCCCACUUGCGAGCAAUAACAGCUUCCAAACGCACUAAAGCUGGCCCUCAGCAGAUCUGGGAUGAUUCCACAGUCAGCACAUUUCGCCCACGUGCCAGACCACUUUUUCAGUAUCGUCAUUACAGUGAACAACAACCACUGCGCCUAAACUCUGCGGAGGUAGGUGAGGUGAUCGCCGCUGUUUGCUCCGAGGCAUCAUCCACCCCUUCAAAUCAAAUGACCGUAUCACCCCAAUUAACUAGCAAGACUGGGAAGCCGUCAAUGGAUGUGGCUGUGAGCGUCCUGAUAAAGCUUGUUAUUGACAUGUAUGUCUUGGACGCCAGAAUUGCUGCCCCUCUUACUCUUUCCAUGCUUGAGGAAAUGCUAUGCUCCACAAACGCAGCUUGUAGGAUUCGUGUAUUUGAUUUAAUUCUUAAUUUAGGAGUUCAUGCACAACUGUUAGAGCCAAUGAUGAAUGAUAAUGCUACAACCAUUGAGGAAGAAUACGCCCAAGAAACAUUUAUUGACAAUGAAAAUAGGCUACUGCUGCAAGGGACAAGAACGAAAGACUUGCCGAAGAUGUCAAGCAGUUCUUCAGCUAUUGAGAACUUCGAGUCUUGGAUAUUAAAAAUCUUAUUUGAAAUACUUCUUCUCCUAGUUCAGGUUGAGGAAAAGGAGGAAUCCGUUUGGGCAUCUGCUCUCAGCUGCUUGCUCUAUUUUGUCUGUGAUAGAGGCAAAAUACGGAGAAACCAGUUAAAUGGUCUUGACAUAAGGGUUAUCAAGGCUCUUCUAGGAGUUAGCAAAAGGAAUUCUUGGUCAGAAGUUGUUCACUCCAAGCUUAUUUGUAUCAUGACAAACAUGUUUUAUCGAUCUCCAGAACUAGAUGGCUCUACCAAAGCAACUUCAAGUGCCUCAAAAUUUCUUAUAGACCAGGUCGAUCUGAUUGGUGGUGUGGAGUUCAUUUUCUGUGAGUACUCUUUGGCAACCACUAGAGAGGAAAGAAGAAAUCUCUACUCGGUUUUAUUUGACUAUGUCCUGCAUCAAAUUAAUGAGGCAUGCUCAGCUGCUGGUCUUUCUGAGUACACAGAUGAUGAGAUUCAACCUUUGGCUGUUCGGCUUGCUCUUGCUGAUGCACCUGAAGCUUUCUACAUUUCUGUUAAGCUUGGUGUUGAAGGCAUAGGGGAAAUCCUGCGAAGAUCAAUUGCUGCAGCAUUGUCUGGGUUCAGCAACAGUGAACGUCUAAGCCAGCUUUUGGCAAAUAUAACAGAAAAAUUUGACACGAUAAUAGGUUCAUUUACUCACUUAGACACAGAGUUUUUGCAUCUCAAACAAAUAACCAAAUCUUCCAAGUUCAUUGAAAGCAUUCAAGUGUUAAGAAAUGAUAUAAGCAUGUCAGUGAAUCUAGCUUGGGCUACUUUGCACUCUCUUCUUCAUUCAGAAAGGGCCACAUACCGUCAAAAUGGAUAUAUCUGGUUGGGGGAUCUUCUGAUUGCGGAAAUUAGUGAAGAGAGUGGUGGAAGUAUAUGGCUGAGCAUUAAAGAUCUGCAGCAAAAGAUUGCUCAUUGUGGUUCCUCCGACUCUCUAGAUACUUCUGAUAUACCUGUUUCCAUACACCUUCUAUGUGGACUCUUGAAGUCAAGAAACAGUGUUAUCAGAUGGGGUUUCUUGUUCAUUCUGGAGAGGCUUCUUAUGCGUUCCAAGUUCUUACUAGAUGAGAAUGAGACACAGCGAUCAACUGGUGGGAAUGCUAGUCAGGAUCAUAAAGACACACGACUAGAGAAAGCAAAUGCUGUUAUAGACAUAAUGAGCAGUGCUCUGUCUUUGAUGGCACAAAUAAAUGAGACUGACCGGAUUAACAUCUUAAAGAUGUGUGACAUUCUUUUCUCGCAAUUGUGCUUGAAAGUUUUGUCUACUGAUGAGGAGACAGUGCCCAAUUCUGCUGAUAGAAAUAGCAAAUUUGAAACAUCCCAUCGUAACAGCUAUAAAGAAACUGUGGAGGAAGCUGACACCAGGCCUCGGUACAACAAUGUCUCUGUUUCAACGUGCGAGACAGCGUCAAUGGCAGCAAUGCUUCUUCGUGGACAGGCCAUCGUCCCUAUGCAGCUGGUUGCGCGUGUCCCAGCGGCUUUGUUCUACUGGCCCUUGAUUCAACUAGCAGGUGCAGCAACGGACAACAUAGCACUUGGUGUCGCAGUUGGAAGCAAAGGAAGAGGAAACAUUCCAGGGGCAACCUCUGAUAUUCGAGCCACCCUGCUGUUACUUCUGAUCGGUAAAUGCACAGCAGAUACAGUUGCUUUUCAAGAAGUUGGUGGAGAGGAGUUUUUUAGGGAACUCCUGGAUGAUACUGACUCAAGGAGGAUGAUGACGGAGGAACCUGAGAAAUACCAAAACAUGCUUCAGAAGCUUGUCUUUAAGGCUCAGCAGAGCAAUAACGAGAAACUGCUGGAGAAUCCAUACCUGCAGAUGUGUGGUAUACUUCAGCUAUCAAACGAGCUUUAAACUCGCGGCUCUCACAAGUCUGCCGUUUCGUAUAUAUGGCUUCCGUAGGUUGCUCGGUUUCAGAAAAUUCUUAGAGAGUUACUUUAGCAGCACCCUAGUUACCCGCUUCCUGCCGUGAAAAAAGAAGAAAAGAAUUGUGUGCAAGUAAAAGACGAUUUAUAGAUACUGGACGAAAGUAGCAGCAAGUGAAUUCAGAUAUGGCUCCGUGUGCGACAGAGUUUGGCGAGAUUAUCUGUCAUCACUUUGGCUAUGAUGCCUCCCGUUGGUUGAGAUCUGAAGGUUGAGAAGAAAGGUGUUGAUAGCAAAGAGUUGGAUGAAGGGAUCAACACAAGUGUGACAUAUAUAACUCCAUCCGCCUUCUCCUUUUUCUGCGGGAAUGGCGCGACUUUAAGGAACUUACCGAGCUUCUGAUUAUAGCCCGGCAUGUCAUUUUUUUGGUCUAACAAACUGAAAUUUUCUCUCUUAUGAUCUGUGUGUAAAAGUAACAAAUCAUGAACAGAGGCUGCAGCUCCAGAAAUUUUAUUUUUCUCGGAGCUCUGCUUUUGUACAGUCAGGAACAAAUCCAGUUAGGGGUUGUGUUGUGUAGAGAACUAGAGAUAGAGGCUUUUUGGCCUUUGGGUGUCGAAUGUUUUGCCUUUUGAAGUGGUUUAUAUGUGAAAAGUGUGAACCUAACCAGUGCUUUUGUAAUCUAAACAAAACUAAUUUCUCCUUGUUGUUUUUUUUGCUGCCAAUGUCUCUGAUUUGAGAAGAUAACAAACAUAGGAAAUUUCUUGUUAGUGAACUCUGUUUCUAAAAUUUAGGAAAGAAGAGGAGUUGGAACCAAACCAAUUUGAUAAAGAACAAAACAAUCAAGACACAAACAUAGUAACUAACCACGUUAUGAAAAUUGAUUAAAUAAAUGGGCCAGGCUUGUUUCGUGAUAAGGAGUAAAUAAAAAGCCCUCAGAGACCGCGAAACCCUGAGUGAGGAGAUCCAAUACUUGGUUCUGUUCUGUAAAUCGCUUCUGGUAUCCUGGAGAUCUGAUCCUUUACCACCGAUUCCCUUCCUCAUUUAACGAUGAUCGAUGAUCAAGACUUGGGGUUUAUAGUCAAUUUCCUUGGCAUCUUCAUCUUCGCAUUGGUAAUUGCUUAUCAUUACGUAGCUGCUGAUCCCAAAUACGAAGCGACUUAAGUGAUGGAUUUUAUUAGAUGAUGUAAUAAGGCUUUCUAGUUUAUAUCUGUUUCAAACUGAAAAGAGAUAAUUAUUAGCAGUCUUUGUUGAGAUGAAGAAAAUAUUAUCGAGAUUGUCACAUCUCUAUUUCAAUUUUUCUUUCUCUACUAUGCGGGACUAGAAUCGAUUUUGUUUAUCUGCAUUUCAUAAAAAAAAAUUUCUAGUGUAUAACCCUUUCCAACUUUGUCGGCAUGUUUGAUGAAUUUUAAGAUUUUAUCUGCAAGUCGAUAAACUCGUUCCGACAACCGUAGAAUGUUUAAUCC